CCCGUAUCCUUCUAAUGCUGGACAAAUUUGUAGCUGUCGGGGCUGCAUUCUUUUUCUGUGCCAAUGCGUUCGCGAUAGCAGCCGUAGCGAGUCCAUGGUGGAUAAUAUACAAACCGCGAGAGAACCGCGCCGGUGUCAACAAGUACGGUCUGACCGUCUCUUGUCGUCAGGAUCCGGAUGGUCAUCGUGAAUGGUGUGGCUACGUUGAUGUUCCUGGUGAAUGGACCGCCACUCUGGUGCUGCUGGUUGUCGGGAUUGUGUGUAUGUGUGUCACCACGUUUCUGUUGGUGCUCUCGCUCUAUAAGAACGAGCUUCUUGGGAAAGCGCAGAAAGUGGCGUUUGCAGGAAUGGUUCUAUUCUGUAUGGCCGCGCUCGUCUUUCCUGUCGGAUUCUAUUUCGAAGAAAUUGGUGGUACGCCGUACAAGCUGAUGCCGUCGACAUCCAAAGUCGGCACAUCGUACGUUCUCUUUGUCAUGGCCAUUUUCUUUACAAUAAUCGGGGAGCUAUUUGCUUGCCGUGUGUGUGCACCCAUGUUCUAAGGAACUCUGAUUGGCAGCAUAGUGCUGUUGUGUAGUGAUAGAGAUCGGUGAGUAGAUACAACUAUAUUAGAUGGCUGUCGUUCGAAAAUCGUGAGACUUCAUUGUAAUAUAGAAGAUUGGUUUGAUGAGAAUAAGAGGAACUGUAUGACUAGCUGUAGUGCUGUGAAUUAGCAUGCAGUUGUUGUGUUAUUCGUAGAGUUGAUUUAGAUUCGAAGAAACA